AUUACGGAUCGAUUAUGAUGUGAAGCGCCGACAAUAUCAUCAAUUCUCGGUGCUCUCUGGAAAUGGUACCUGAACAAAAACUGGCAUGGAAUUAUUAACACUGUUAUUGAGCAGCGGCUUAUUAUUCGUUAGCGCUUAUACUAUCAACAAAAGUUGGAAAGAUGAUUCCAGCAUUGGAGUUAAUUAUUUGCCGGACUAUGUAAUACCAAUAUUUUAUGACGUCCAGCUGGCAAUACUUACCCAAGACAACAAUGCAAACAUCUUUAAUUUCUCCGGCAGAAUUAAAACUAAGAUAAAAAUCCUUCAUCCAACGCGAAACAUACGUUUGCAUGCAUAUUCCUACGUAAUAAUACGUAAAUCCAUGUUGAUAAAAGAAGUCAAGAAAGCAACCAUCUACGAACCAAUAAAAUAUGAAUAUCAUGAUAAAACGCACAUUUUGACAUUUUAUUUCAAUCAUACAUUAUCAAGAGGGAAUUACACUUUGGAUAUAAAAUUUGAGAGUAUUUCAAAUAAUGACACAGAAGUCUUCUACAAAACGUCUUAUAUAAACGAAAAAGGAAAUAAAGGAUGGUUGGCUGUAUCACAUUUCAAGGCAAUUGGAGCUCGACGAAUGUUUCCAUGUUGGGAUGAGCCGAAAUUCAAAGCUGCCUUUCGCAUUGCAAUAUAUCAUCAUAAGAAUUGCACAGCUCAAUCGAAUAUGCCGCUACAAAACCUACUUCAAACUAAAAAUAACAUGAUGUGGUCAGUUUUUCGUACUACUCCUGUAAUACCAACUUACCUCGUAGCAAUUAUGAUUUCCGAUUAUGAUGGCAAUCCGUAUGUAAAUAAAUAUACAAAAAAAAAUAUCAACAUAUGGUGCAGACAACUUUCGGCACGGUAUAUAAAAUUCGCACGAAAUGUUGCUAAGAAUGUCAAACAGUAUUUUAAUUCUACGUUUGAAUUGAAGAGCUUGAGAAAAGGUUCGAUAGCGAAACAUGUUGUAAUUCCGGGUUUCCAAGACGAUGGCAUGGAAAAUUGGAGGCUCAUUUUUUAUAGAGAAACAGAUAUUAUGUAUAGUGAAGAAAUAGAUCCUCUUGCUCACGAAAUAAAAGUAGCUUCCUUAGUAGCACGUAAAAUGGCACAUCAAUGGUUUGGUAAUCUGGUCAGUCCAUAUUGCUGGUCUUAUCUUUGGCUGAACGAUGGUAUUGCUACAUUGCUCGGAAUGGAUGCUAUUAAUAAGAUUUUUCCAAAUUCUCAGAUAUUGAAUUUGUUCGUAGUCCAGGUUCAACAUGAAUCUCUCCAUUUGGAUACUGAUUUAAUUAUGAAACCGCUUAUAUCACAGAUAAACAAUCCUUCUGAAAUUAAUUCAUUAUCUUUUUCACGUUACAUUAAAGUACCUGCAAUGUUGCGCAUGUUACAACAUAUACUUACCAUUGAUGUGUUUCGAGAAGGUCUCAAUAUGUAUUUUAAUAAUCAUAUGUUUCAAUCAGCAACUCCCAAUGAUCUCUGGACCGCUAUGCAAACUGCAUUAGACAAAUCACCAUUUAAAGAAUACACGUUUAAUGUAUCACAGAAAAUGGCUACUUGGAUAAAAAAAACAUAUUAUCCUGUAGUAAAUGUAAUACAAGAUAAUCCUAAACAUGUGAUAGUGUGGCUAAAAGAAACCGAUAUAAAAAAUGAGUCUUGGUGGAUACCUGUAACUAUUACUACGCAGACUAAACCCAAUUUUUUCCAAAAUUUCUUUUCUCACGGUCAGUGGAUAAAAUCGCAGGAUCUUAUGUAUUGCGAAUUUUCCUUGCCGUACGAAGAAAACGGUUGGAUAAUAGCCAACUUACAACAAGCUGGAUAUUACCGCGUCAAUUAUAAUUAUGAAAAUUGGAAAAAAAUUGCGGAUUAUUUGAAUUCUCCGAGAUAUACGGAAAUACAUGUUCUCAAUCGUGCUCAAAUUAUCGAUGACGCAUUUCAUUUUAUGGUAGCGAAACAACUUCGUCCUUCCAUAUUCUGGAAACUCGCAAGCUAUCUAUGUCAAGAAAAAAAUUACAUAGCGUGGUAUCCUAUGAUCAAAGCUUUUGAACGCAUAUCGAGUAUUUUUUCGCUUCCAGAAGAAAGAACCAAACGGAUCAAGAGAAAAAUAUGGCCUAUGCUGGAAGAUUUUCUUCUGGAUAUAGAUUACGAUGAAGAUCCUAACGAUAGUAAUCAUACGAAAUCUUUAAGGGAAGAGAUCACCAGAUGGGCAUGUACUCUCGAAAUGCGCGAAUGUAUACAUAUGGCCAAGGAGGUAUUGGUACAGCAUCUGAGACAUCCUAAAACGCACAAUAUUUUGCCGUGGUGGAAAUGGACAUAUUGUAACGGUUUGAAGAAAGCAAGCGACUCAACUUGGACAGAUAUGUUACAUUUAUGGCAAGAGACACGUGAUAAUACAAUUUUAAAAUCUUUAACUUGCUCUGACAAUUUUAGAACGAUCCAGGUGUUUCUCACGCUGAUAGGAAGGGAAAAAAGUGUUUUAAAUCUAAAUCUCAGAGACCGUAUUAAUACUUAUUCUUUUAUUAUUGCAAAGCAUGUAAGAAAGAAUGAAGUAUUAGACGAAAUAUUAAAAUAUUUUAAAAAAGCUAAACCGAGAGAAAUCAGUACAGUUGCAGCAUUAACUUAUAUUAUUAAUCAUGUAAAUUCUAAAGAACAUUUUGGCAAGAUAAGUACAUUCGUGAGUAAUAAUAUGCAACAACUAAUUUCGAGUGUUCAACGCAAGAUUGAAAUACGCCAGUCUCAAAUCAAACAUCAGAUGAACUAUCUCCGUAGUUUACAAAAAAUGGAGAAUAUCAAGGAUCGAUUAGAAAACUCAUAUAUAAUGUAUUAUAAUUAACAGAAAAUGAUAACUGCAAUGCUUAUAUAUGUAUUUAUUUGUA